AUUCGUCAUUGUAAGUAAGAAAAAUGAAAACAGCUACGCUACGGAAAAACACAUCUAGUUAAAUUCUAGAAAAUUGAGUACGACUCCAAGAAGGCAGACGAUGGAAGCGAAAGCUGCCAACAUCACACCCACAUCCCUGGCCAGCAGCAGUUCAUCGAACAGUGAUAAAAUGAAUUACGCAUUGCAAGUCGCUUUGCAGACAAUGAAAGAAAGAUGCAUUCAGCUGCAGCGAAGAGUGUCCAAUAUGGAAGAGGAAAACCAACGUCUGCGGGAAAACACUGCAACUGGCACUGGCACUAGGACUGUGAGUGCCACUGGGACUGGGUCAACAAAUGGCGAUAUCAUCUCGCUUCGCUCGAGGGUGGAUGAGCUGCAACGGCAAAAGGAGCAGCUCGAAGAUCAGAAUAACAUGGUGGCUAACGAGAAUCGGAGACUCUGGGCGCGUCUAUCAAAAAUAUCGAAAGAUCAGCCACUGCUAACAAGAGACGACGAUGCGGCGAACACUUCGUAUAUACGCAGCGCCGGCAUAACUUCAAUUGGUGCCAAUCAGAACCUGAUUCGAUCGAAAACUUUCACACAACACUCGCCAAACCCGCAAUUGCGCCAGAAACUGAUCACUGAGAUGAGCCUGGAAGAGGUGGCCCUGGACGAAUUCGAGACGAAACUGGGCUACCCCUACGGACUGAAUGUGGACGACGUGAGCACUGUGAGCGGCGAGCUGGAUGCCAAUGCCGAUGCCAAGCACUGCAUGGACGGACUGCAGGAUUUGCGACGUGAGGCGAUGAAACAGCAGCAGCAGCUCAACUCGGCGCUGACACAACUAGAGACUCGACUGGCUUUGCAUCCAUGUCCCGAGUGUGCCAAGAAGGCGGCCAACAAGCCGGAAAUGGCUGAUAAGAGCUUGGAGACUGAAGAUAACAGUGAGCACCCCUCACAUUACACAUUCAACGGGCAUGUGACAACGAUGACUACACCGCUUCCGCCCACUCCCACGCCUCGCUUCAAUAUCAUCCAAGAGAAAAUUAACGCUGAUUCCAUAGACAAGACAUGUCCCAUGUGCGGCAAACUCUAUUCGUGCCAGGUGUCGUUCAAGGCAUUUCAGGAGCAUGUCGAAAUGCAUUUCAUUGAUGACGCUCUGGAUGUGGACGCGAGCGUGGAGCGCCAAUUUGAGUUCAUAUCACAUGCCGUUGGUGAUUUUUGACCCAACAAACUGAUUCAUUUGUUAUAUAUUCAAUUCUGUAUAAUAGUGUAAGAAAAUUAUGAUAGAGUUAUGCUUAGUUCUCAGUGGAGUUGUGCGCUCUGAUUAUGAUCAUGAUUAUAUCAUUAUACAUUGUGUUUUGAUAUAGUAAGUAUAAAAAACUGUAUUAAAAGAACUUUACUUAAUGUUA